AUGCAGUUCAAUACCGCGCUUUUCCUGCUUGUUGCGGCGUGUACACACGCCGCAGACGCGAUAUAUCUGAAUACUACUACGCUGAGUACCACCACUUCUCUUCUUGCCUUGGGUAAUUCGACCGUGGCCCCGCUGGCGCUCGAGACCGACCUCACAACCACACUGGCGUCACAGACGCUCCAGUACGGCGACGUGUACGUAGAGCCACGUGACCCUCGGCCCACUAGAGUUUCUGCUAGUGUACAGAUCAGUGGAGGCUCGACUACACAAUCGACUGCGCAAUCGACUGUACAAUUGGGUGCAGGUUCGGUUGAUAGUCGCCCAUCACAAUCCAUUGGAAAAUCGAGUGUAGAGUCACUUGCAUCUUCAACUGCAUCUUCAACUGCAUCUUCAAUUGCGCCUUCGUCUGCACCAUCAUCUGCACCAUCAUCUGCACCAUCAACUCUCAAUCAUCCAGCUACCCAGCUACCCACCACGCCAGCUUCGAACCUGCUCACAAAAACGGCGUCCACAUCGACCAGCAUCCUUUACUCAGGGUCCAACACAAUAGCGUCUUCCAGCUCGUCCACGUCCCUAGUUACCACCGUUUCCUCACGUUCCGAUAAUCCAUUGGUGACUCAAUCCCUAAGCAGCAGCAAACUACCGCAAAGCGUAGCAACCACUUACACUGCUCCAAAAACCAUUUCUGACGUGUUGUCCAAUAGUUCGUUGAUAUCGAGCAGCACUUCCAGCGCAUCUCUCACUUCAAUUUCAAAUCCGCUUACAACCACAGCCUCUGGUCCUGCUUCUCUCUCGUCCAGCCCCCACUCCUCUGGCUCAUCCUUCGUCGAAUUGUCUUCUGCUGUUCAAUCCACCGCUCAAACCAGUCCAUACGUGGUUAUUCCUUCUUCUCAAUCAUCAACAGCUUCGCAAAAAGCUUCAACCACAAAUGAUCUUCCUUCUGCGUAUGGAAACUCUACAACUUCGAGAUCUGCACCCGCUACUUCUAACGCCGCUUCAAAUUCUACUGAAUCCGCAGUUGCUCCCACAUCGAGCCUCACAUCUGCGUUUAUAAGUGAUUCAAACUCUACACAGGCAAGUCAAGCUUCCGCUACUUCCACUGUCAUCUCAAGCGGCAACUCUUUGUUAACACAAUCCACAAGUUUCUCAAGUUUGAGCAUCGAUUCUUUUUUGACCUCUCCAAUCCUCACCACAUCAAACCCUCAGAUCACCACUCUUUCUAGCUCCCAAGCUAACUCUUCAAAUUCUAUGAUCACCACUUCUUCCAACUCUCAGACCGCUUCAAGCUCUUCAGUCACUACUUCUUCAAGCUCUCAAGUCAUCUCGAGUUCUUCGGUCACCAUAUCUUCCAGCUCUCAGGCCGCAUCAAGUUCUUCAGCUACUUCUUCUUCAGGCUUUCAAGUCACCUCAGGUUCUUCGGCCACCACUUCAUCGAGCUCUGAAGCCGCAACCCCUGUAAGCACUUCUCCAGUGCCCGUUGAUUUAUUCUCCCCAAUUCAAACAGAUGCUCCUCCAUCUAUCUUUGCCAGGCACUCCAACCCAAUGGAUUUGUCGAAUGGUGUAAGCAACUACGACUCACCCUACCAAACCAACAAAUUUUACACAAAUUUCAUUGUUGGUGAUCAAUCUAGUGCUGCAUUUGUCUACCCUUACUCACUGUGGAAGUACAGUUCCAAUGGGAUGUACGGAGUUGCCGUUUCUCACACCACCUCAGACCAAUAUGCAUUCGGCAACUACGAUAGUAGUGGCGACUCGGAAUUUUUGGCCAAUCCACUUGCUAUCGCAUCACUAAUGUUUUCCGCAGACUCCUUUGGGUCUUCGAAUUUUAACCUCUUCGUCAAUGACAUGACCACUUCUUCUUGCCAGGUAACUAUCAAUGAUGGUUCUACUUCCAAUAUCUUGCAAGUUCCUUUGGUUCAAGGUAUGGGAUUCUCUACUGGUAUUUAUCACGGUUCUCUAAAACCAGUUUUGAAGACCUCAGCUGCUUUCAUAUCCUUGACACAAGAGUCAUCCUCUAUUCUUCCCGCCGGCGUUCUGAAGUACCGUAUUGGUCUUAACAGCGGUUCGACUUGGCUGAUCUAUGUGACACUGCCCGAUAACGCAGACCAAUCUUUCUCCUUGUCCUACACAGAUUCAUCCACAAUAUCGGGUUCAGAAGCUAUCGAUGGCCUCAUCAUACAAGUCGCUGUUGCACCAGAAGACUCCAGUUUCGACUCUUACUACGACAAUGCAGCUGGUAUGUACCCAACGACUUUUGAAGUGACCGGUUCUUCCGAUGGUAUUACCGCUAACUAUGCCUUCAACUAUGAAACAGAAGGUAAAUCUGCGUCCGGACAGACCAUGAUCUUUGCAUUCCCGCAUCAUAUCGAAGCUUUGACCGCUGAUUCGCAGGCUGCACUCACAGGGGUUCAAUUACAGUCCACGACCAAGGGAACUAUGCUUGGUUUGUUGUCAAACACACUGUCAUUCACGGAAUCCUUGAAUACAAAACUAGGAUGGCUGCCAUGGUCGCAGCAAUUAAACGGGAAAAGUAUCAGCUACAGUGCCGAUCAACUGCAACUGUUGUCCGAAGUGGCCAACUCGGAAAUUAACAUUGACGUUUGGGACUCUAUUUGUGGUCUCAACACUUACUACUUAGGCAAAGUUUUGGACAAGUACAGCUAUAUCUUAUUGACGGUGUCCGAUAUUCUACAAGAUAGCCAAGUCACUCAGGCCGUUGCCGCCAAUCUCAAGCGUGCUUUGGAGAAUUUGAUGUUAAACCAGCAAUUGUAUCCGUUAUAUUACGAUACAAAGUUUGGUGGAAUUGUUUCUUCCGGAGACUGGGCUUCUACCUCCACUGGUUACGAUUUUGGUAACACCUACUACAACGACCACCAUUUCCACUAUGGUUACAUCGUCCAUGCUGCUGCCGUGCUAGGGCGUAUUGAUCAACAACAAGGCGGAACUUGGGCACAGGACAACAAGGCCUGGAUCAACAGUUUGAUCCGUGACGUUGCCAAUCCAAGCACGGAAGAUGGAUUUUUCCCAGUAUCACGUAUGUUCGACUGGUUUAACGGUCAUUCGUGGGCUGCAGGACUUUUUGCGAAUCCUAAUGGUAAAAACGAGGAAUCUAGUUCCGAAGACUACAAUUUUGCAUACGGCAUGAAGUUGUGGGGUGCUGUGAUUGGCGAUGCGUCUAUGGAAAGACGUGCCGACGUCAUGAUCGCUGUGAUGGCCCGUUCAAUGAACUCGUACUUCUUAAUGGCCGAUGACAACCAAGUUGAGCCCACACAGAUACGUGGCAACAAAGUUGCAGGAAUCCUUUUCGACAACAUAAUCGACUACACCACUUAUUUCGGUACUGCCGUGCAGUACAAGCACGGUAUCCACAUGAUUCCAAUCACACCAGUUUCUUCGCAAAUCAGAACCCCUACGUUUGUGCAGCAAGAAUGGACCGAAAAGCUGAGUAGCGUAGUGGGACAACUAACGGACGGCUGGAAGGGUUUGCUAAUGCUAAACCAGGCCCUGUACGACCCCGCCAGCUCGUAUGACUUUUUCUCCGGUGCGGACUUUAGCACUGCAUACCUUGACAACGGAAUGUCGCGGACGUGGUCCCUAGCAUUUUCCGGUGGUUUGGCUCAUGCACAAACUUUGUUGUGA